AUGUACAAUGACAAUCACUCUCAGUCUUCAUCAGUUAUAGAACCAUCACAGUCUUCAUCAGUCUUCAUCACAGUCUUCAUCACAGUCUUCAUCACUGUCUUCAUCACAGUCUUCAUCACAGUCUUCAUCACAUCUUCAUCACUGUCUUCAUCACUGUCUUCAUCACAGUCUUCAUCAGUCUUCAUCAGUCUUCAUCACAGUCUUCAUCACUGUCUUCAUCACAGUCUUCAUCAGUCUUCAUCACAGUCUUCAUCACAGUCUUCAUCACUGUCUUCAUCACAGUCUUCAUCACAGUCUUCAUCACAGUCUUCAUCACAGUCUUCAUCAGUCUUCAUCAGUCUUCAUCACAGUCUUCAUCACUGUCUUCAUCACAGUCUUCAUCAGUCUUCAUCACAGUCUUCAUCAGUCUUCAUCACAGUCUUCAUCAGUCUUCAUCACAGUCUUCAUCACUGUCUUCAUCAGUCUUCAUCAGUCUUCAUCACAGUCUUCAUCACUGUCUUCAUCACUGUCUUCAUCACAGUCUUCAUCACAGUCUUCAUCAGUCUUCAUCACAGUCUUCAUCACAGUCUUCAUCAGUCUUCAUCACAGUCUUCAUCAGUCUUCAUCACAGUCUUCAUCACAGUCUUCAUCACAGUCUUCAUCAGUCUUCAUCACAGUCUUCAUCAGUCUUCAUCACAGUCUUCAUCAGUCUUCAUCACAGUCUUCAUCACAGUCUUCAUCACUGUCUUCAUCAGUCUUCAUCAGUCUUCAUCACAGUCUUCAUCACUGUCUUCAUCACAGUCUUCAUCACAGUCUUCAUCACAGUCUUCAUCACAGUCUUCAUCAGUCUUCAUCACAGUCUUCAUCAGUCUUCAUCACAGUCUUCAUCACAGUCUUCAUCACAGUCUUCAUCACAGUCUUCAUCAGUCUUCAUCACAGUCUUCAUCACAGUCUUCAUCACAGUCUUCAUCACAGUCUUCAUCACAGUCUUCAUCAGUCUUCAUCACAGUCUUCAUCACAGUCUUCAUCAGUCUUCAUCAGUCUUCAUCACAGUCUUCAUCACAGUCUUCAUCACAGUCUUCAUCACAGUCUUCAUCAGUCUUCAUCACAGUCUUCAUCACUGUCUUCAUCACUGUCUUCAUCACUGUCUUCAUCACAGUCUUCAUCACAGUCUUCAUCACAGUCUUCAUCACAGUCUUCAUCACAGUCUUCAUCAGUCUUCAUCACAGUCUUCAUCAGUGGGACCAGGCUCAUAAAUGUAUGCAGUGUAAAUGA